ACUCGCGGCUCUUUCUCUUAGCGUGUUAGCAUUUAGCCACAAGCUGCGCAGCGCCGACGUCUCGUUGUUUCCCGGAUUCUCUCAGAGUUCAGUCGCAGUAAAGAGCCGGAGAACAUGGCUGCCGUCGGGGUUCAGAGCCGGAAGAGGCUCCUGAAGGACGAGGACAUGACCAAGGUGGAGUUCGAGACCAGCGAGGAGGUGGACGUCACCCCCACCUUCGACACCAUGGGCCUGCGGGAGGACCUUCUCCGCGGCAUCUACGCCUACGGGUUUGAGAAACCAUCUGCCAUCCAGCAGCGAGCCAUCAAGCAGAUCAUUAAAGGCAGAGACGUCAUCGCUCAGUCUCAGUCUGGAACCGGAAAGACGGCGACGUUCUGUGUGUCUGUGCUGCAGUGUCUGGACAUCCAGGUGAGGGAGACCCAGGCGCUGAUCCUCGCUCCAACCAGAGAGCUGGCCGGACAGAUUCAGAAGGUGCUACUGGCUCUGGGAGACUACAUGAACGUCCAGUGUCACGCCUGCAUCGGAGGAACCAACGUGGGGGAGGACAUCAGGAAGCUGGACUACGGCCAGCACGUGGUGGCGGGGACACCAGGACGAGUGUUUGAUAUGAUUCGUCGCAGGAGUCUGAGGACGAGAGCCAUCAAGAUGCUGGUGCUGGACGAAGCCGACGAGAUGCUCAACAAAGGUUUUAAGGAGCAGAUCUACGAUGUGUAUCGUUACCUGCCCCCCGCCACACAGGUGUGUCUGAUCAGUGCCACGCUGCCGCAUGAGAUCCUGGAGAUGACCAACAAGUUCAUGACCGACCCCAUUCGCAUCCUGGUCAAACGUGAUGAGUUGACUCUCGAGGGGAUUAAACAGUUCUUCGUGGCCGUGGAGAGAGAGGAGUGGAAGUUCGACACUCUGUGUGAUCUGUACGACACGCUGACCAUCACACAGGCCGUCAUCUUCUGUAACACCAAGAGAAAGGUGGACUGGCUCACAGAGAAGAUGAGAGAGGCCAACUUCACCGUGUCGUCGAUGCACGGAGACAUGCCUCAGAAAGAGAGAGAGUCCAUCAUGAAGGAGUUCCGAUCAGGAGCCAGUCGCGUGUUGAUCUCCACGGAUGUUUGGGCUCGAGGUUUAGACGUCCCUCAGGUUUCUCUGAUCAUCAACUACGACCUGCCCAACAACAGAGAGCUCUACAUCCACAGGAUCGGUCGAUCUGGUCGUUAUGGUCGUAAAGGUGUGGCCAUUAACUUCGUAAAGAACGACGACAUCCGUAUCCUGAGAGACAUCGAGCAGUACUACUCCACCCAGAUCGACGAGAUGCCCAUGAACGUUGCUGACCUGAUCUGAUGACGUCAUACACGAGCCCCCCCCCCCC